AAACGCGGCGGGGGUGGUGGAGGGCCUCUACAAAAUAAAAUUUAAAAAUACAACAAACCACAUACGGAUAAGAAGCACGGUGGAAAAUUCAAGAUUUUCGGAUCAAAUAUAUUUUAAAGAAAAAAUGCACGAUACAAACGCGAUCGUUUUUGUUUUCGCCACAAUGUAACACGUUGCGUGAAUCACGCAGUUUCUACCUCGAUCCUUGAGGAUGAUCGAUCGCUCGCGUAAUGACACAUUGAGAGGUCUCCUUCGUAGACAUUCGGCGCGAUGCCGUUCUUGAAGCCGCAGCGAGCUACGUGGUGCGAACAGCGAACAAAGGCUUGCGAGCGAAAUGGCUGGCGCAACGCUAUAUAUUCGCCCGAGGCGAAACGUAUCGCCAAAGCGCAUUACAAGGGUGAAUGGAGAAACGAUAAGAGAGAAGGGAAAGGCAUAGGAGUCAACAGCCACGGCUGGAUGUACGAAGGCGAUUGGUGUAACGAUCUGAGACACGGCUACGGUGUCCUCAGUAAAAUUACGAAAGACGGCGAGGUGCGCAAGGUGUACGCCGGCGACUGGGUGAAGGGAAGAAAGCACGGAUUCGGAAGCAAUUGGUACAAGGGCGGCAGCUAUUACGAAGGCACGUUUCGGGAGAACAAACGGGACGGUUACGGCCGGCUCUGGCACAGAUGCUGCAGCGGAUAUUACCAGGGCGCUUGGCUGAACGAUCGUUACCACGGAAAAGGGACGCUUGUUCAAGGUUGCCGUUAUUUAAAAAAAAAAAAAAGAAAAAGAAAACGAGAAAUCCUCAUAGAAAACGGUAAUCUUUAUGAGGGUCAGUUUGCGAAUGGCAAGAAGGAAGGUCGGGGUGUCUUCUACCACUUGGACAGACGUCAAGUGCAGGAGGGCCGUUGGGAGAAUGACGUCUGCGUGAACAGCACGAUACAGGACGUCGACUGCCGCCAGUCAGCUUUACAUCCGACAUUACAAUUUGCAAGGAUAUCCAGCCAGGCAGCGAUACACUUAUAAGCACGUUGCGU